AUUCAAGCGGUGAUGUACGUGUGCAGUCUGAGAAGUUCGUCGGUAGAAAAUAUGGCGCCAAUUUAUGUACUGUUGGUUUUGGCGGCGUUUUGCACGAGUUUUACCGAGGCGGGUUUUCUGGAUUGGUUCCGGAGCAGUGCCAACAAGGGACACCGUAUUUGCAAAGUGGAUUUCGAAGUGCUCGAUCCGAAAGGGUUGAGACUUUGGACAGCCCAUAAACCGGAGAUGAAAAUGUUUGGAGUUGAACUGUACAUAAAUCCUACCGGUAAAAGUGAUCAGAGCACUUGUAAUCUAUGUAAGAAUACCACAGAGGUCAUGCACGGUAAAUUUUUCAUACAGGACGAUAAUGUGAUCGUGAAGAAAGGGGAUGUGCUAGAAUACGUUGCGAUUACUGAUAACGGAAACACUGUUCAACGGCACAAGCCAAAAAAGCUUGUUGUUAAUGACUACUUGAUUAAACCACAAGGUCGCUGUGCUUGCCCUGCUCCGGUUCAAUACUCAUCCGUUCAUGAAUCCGAGCCGUCAGGAGAAAUUGAACUUCUAGAGCGAAUAAUUUCCCAUCUAUCAAACCGUUGUGCCGCAGGAGUCGUGUCAAAUUAUCUCUUCCUUCAGGUUGGAAGUCCCGCGGGACCCUCGGACCUUGUUCAGCGUGUGAAAUCAUAUCUGACUGAUAAUGUUCUUCUCAAACCAUAUGCUGACGCAGUAACUUCCGCCGAGGAAUAUGCUGAUGGCAUUGGAUUUCAAAUGAAAUCAGUCGUCGAUAAGCUUAAAAUACUGGAACUUGGAAAUGGUGCUGGUGACAUUUUGGAUUACGAUGGAUUUACUACUAUCGAUAAAGUUGACAUCAGAGUAUCCGAAUGAACGAUUUAAAUUAAUUGUAUUAAGAAAAUGUUUAGGAUUUUUUAUCACUGCCAGUUACUUCUUGACUACUGAAUUCUAUUGAAGGAAACGAAACACAGACCGUUUAAAAAGCUCUGACCAGUCUUUGUUAGUGUAUACUCUGCAAAUUCAGGAGAAAAACUAAGUCAUAGUUCUAGAAAAAAUGCAGUAAGCUAAGGCUAACUGUAUAUUACAAAUAUUCAACGGCAUAAAACUUCCUUACAAAGAACACACUUUCCUUAUAGAUUAUCGCAUUGCUUAGAAGACAGGUUCUCUGCUACACCCAAACUUGGUGUAAUGAAUUUUUUGCCGCCCGAAAAAAACAAUAGGUUUUCGGAUUAAGAAAGGUUAAGUCGAAGACAAGUUCAGCCUCAAA